AUGAAAGGGUCGCGGUUGGGUUCUGGAGGUGUUGACUUUGACGUUACUGCCCUGUUCCAUCAUCUGUCUCGCAGUGGCUAUCUUCGUCUUCCAGAUAAGCAAUGGCCCCCGGUGACCAUUUCACGUCGACUCUCUCUCUUGACCGGUUACUUGGUACCGGCUUUCAUCGUCGCCCUCACGGUGGGCAUUUCCUUUGGCACCAACGCUCAUGGAUACGGAGAUGGAGAAUUCUGCUGGCUGUCGUCGCCUGCCUACAUUUGGGCUUUUGCUGGUCCAGUCCUCUUGGUCAUCCUUGCCAACAACAUCAUCGUGUUUUACGUGAUCUCAAAGGCUGAAAACACUCUCCCAAAUGAACUCCGGAGGCAUCAGGCACAAAAAAACCACAAGAGCAGCAUGAUGAAAAUGUUCACCAUAUCGAGUCUCCUGGGAUGUGGCUGGUUAUUUGGAGUCCUACAAAUGGAACUGUCCCCGGUCUUCUCAUACAUCUUCGUCCUCAUCAACGGCUCACAGAGUUCCAUUAACUUAUGA